AUGGCGGCGGAGGGUCGUGAAGACGUGAAGCCGGUUGAAACGAAAGAGGAGGAUGGUGGCAUUGCCGCGCUUCCCCCGUCGGUAACUGAGGAGGAGCCCAGCCGAGAGCAGCUUUUCGACCUCAUUGUUAAUACUUUCUUAGAAAAGAUGGAGGAAGCCGGCAGCUAUCAAGAGUUUGCAAGCUGCUAUAACCGUCUCUACAAAGUGCAGCCUGAGCUCACAAAAUGUAUUUAUGAUCAGUAUAUUUACCAUCUGCAGACUUCCUUUCGGGAGGAGAUCAGUGACUUGAAGAAUGAAGGGAAUCUUGAGGCACUUUUUAAAUCACUGGAUAAGCUUGUGGAGGAAGCAAAGCAGAGAGAAACGCCUGCAUGGCGCCCCAGCGGAAUCCCAGAGCAAGAUAUCCACAGUGCUGUAGUGCCAUACCUUCUGAAACAGCGCCGGAUCCUCCAAAAGACCCUGAAAGAGAAGGAAGAGGGGAAUGCCAAACUGGCUGAAGUGGUGUUGGCUGGCCGAAAUAAAAUAGCAGAUCUGCAGAAGGAGAUCCAGAAACGCAAGGAAGAGUGGCAGGUGAUUGCUCGAGAAAGCCGAGAAAUGGCGAAUGCCCUUGAUGAGCACCACUGA